AUGGAUAGAAAAGAAGAAGGAACAGUUGAAGAGCCAUUAGAUCUCAUUAGAUUAUCAUUAGAUGAAAGAAUUUUCGUUAAAAUGAGACAAGAUAGAGAAUUAAGAGGAAAAUUACAUGCAUACGAUCAACAUUUAAAUAUGAUUCUUUCAGAUGUAGAAGAAACAAUCAAAGUAGUAGAAAAAGAUGAAGAAACAGAUGAGGAAAUUAUUAGAAACAUCAAACGUAAUAUUAAAAUGCUUUUUAUCCGUGGUGAUGGUGUAAUUUUAAUUUCACCACCAUUAAGAACAUCCUAA